GUGAAAGAUUCUGCCGGUGACUGAGAUGUUGAUCAUAUUACUGGAUGUGGAUCGUUUGAUACUGCAAGUCCCCUCGCGACCGAUCACUAAUGCGAUCAACAGCAACAAACUCCUUAUAAGUAAUGGAACAGGUGGAACAGGAAAAUCUCGGAAACGCACACUGUGGACCUAUCGGUGAAACGACGACGC